CUCGGGUUGUCAAGUAAACUUUUGUUUCUGUUUAGUCGCUCUGUUAAUGUGUUUACUGGACCUGUCCCAACAAACGACCGCUGUGAGAAAUGAAUCUCUGUCAUGGGGUAGUGGUCCCAGAGGUUCGGCCUGGUAGAGCCCGGGUUCAGGUGACUGAGCUGAGUGGAUCAGGAUGCAUCAACCCAUCUCCUAAUCCUGCUGAACAGCAUGAAGAGCUUGAUGCAGAAGUGGAACUUUGUCUUUCUCCCGAAAGACUGUAUUUGCAGGAGUUGCUGUGUGGAAGAGAUCUCUCUCACGUCACUUCGCUGGAGGUCCGUGUAGACACCCAAGCAAACAUUCUGAGUAACCUUGGUUCUUACUUGCCUAGAUUAGUACAGCUUAAAAUGAAUGACAGCUUGAUAAUGUCAGUGAGGGACCUGGGAACCACCCUCUCUCACCUGCAGGUGCUGUGGAUGUCUCGCUGCUGCCUACAAGACCUAGACGGCAUUUCUACUUUCUCUUCUCUUAAGGAACUGUACCUGGCCUACAACAAUGUGUCAGACCUGAGUCAGAUUAGCAUGUUGGAUAACCUGCAGUUGUUAGAUUUGGAAAGAAACAAUGUGGAUGACCUAGUCCAGGUUCAGUGUCUGAGUUUGUGUCACAAACUCCAAACCCUUACCCUGGAGGGAAACCCUGUGUGUGUCCGCCAAAACCCUACUUCCUCUGAGGUGGAUGGCUAUAGUUACCGAGCUGCGGUGAGGGAGCUGGUCCCUCAGUUGCGUUACCUAGAUAAUGUGAACGUCGAGGAGGACGCUCCGGCCUGCCGCCGUGUCACUGGGGAAGACUGGGACAUUCUCCAAAACUCUAUUAGGAAAUGGAACUCUUCUGAGGCUGCUGAGUCUGCAGUUAGUGUACAUCCCUGCAACACACACAGCUCUGCCGGACGCCCUUUUACUGCUUCUGCAGCUAUCAGGCCUCUUUCAUCUCCAAGCUCCAGACUCACACUGGCAACCGGCCCUGGAGUUUCUACCCCUCCUGGAUCCAGACCUGGUUCUUCAGACUCUGAUCUAGCAACAGUAGAAGCAGAAACCAGCACCCUAACACAUGGUGCUGGCAGGAUCCUGUUUUGUGGAAACCCAGUUCAGGCUAUCCGAGCAAGGCGAGAACAUCUGAAGACAGCACCCACCAGAUCCACCUUGACCCCCCGUGACCUGCCGAUCCAUGUAUCAGAACACACGUAUGACAUUGAGGAGCCUGAUCUUGGAGAGCGUGUAAAUGUUUUUGCAGAGCUCAGGACCUGGAGGGAACAGCACAGCAGGCGUCUUGAGGCUAUAGAGAAAGAAAGAUCACCACAGAUCUUGGCUAUCCAUCAUGGAGGUGAAGAUGAGGCAGAUGAAGAUGAAGAAGAAGGCUUUGCUGGUGUAAGAAGCAACAGCAGUGACGAAGAUCAAGGAGAGGAGACACGCUGCGACAGAUUAGACRCUGGCUCCCUGGAUUCAUCUUUUCAUUGUCUUUCCCCAGACCUGAGUCAACGUGAAGCCUUAUCCCCCAACGUGGCUCGACUGUCCCUGUCCCCGGACGCCACGCCCUCCCUUUCACCUCCUCACCUUGUCACUUCAGCUCCCACGAGUAAAAUGCCGUCUAGGAUCCGUGUUCGCAGGCUUCGUCUCCACCAGGCCAGCUCAGAACACUUACCUGAUGUCGGCAGACAGACRUGUGUCCCUCAAACAGCUACACCUGCAGCAGAAACAGACCUCUCGUUUGAUGGAGUCCAGCACUUGAUGAGGACCAAUCUGCCUCCAGUGACACCAGUGGCUCAGAUACCCCGUCCACCGUUAACAAGGGCCCUGCGUGGAGGACCGGAAAAGUCAGGGGUAGUUAUGGACUUGUCCAGUAGACACAAGACAUCCAACAUCCUCAGCAGACCAGUGAUUUCUCGCCCACACACAGCCAGAGCCGCUCUACAGAAGCAUCACCAGCAUCACCUUCUCCAGACCCACAGAGGGAGCUCACACYCAGAUUAAAGCCAGACUCUGCUUCCAUG